GUACCGGAGUCUGAAACAAUUUAACGUGGACAUCUGCCAGACCUGCUUCCUGACAGGCAGGGCCAGCAAAGGCAACAAGCUUCACUACCCCAUCAUGGAGUAUUACACACCGACCACAUCCAGUGAGAACAUGAGGGACUUUGCCACGACCUUAAAGAACAAAUUCCGCUCAAAGCAUUACUUCAGCAGACACCCUCAGCGAGGUUAUCUGCCUGUGCAGUCGGUGCUGGAGGCUGACUACAGUGAGACGCUGGCUUCUUCCCCGAUGUUGCCACACGCCGACACACACUCCCGCAUUGAGCAUUUUGCCAGCAGGCUUGCUGAGAUGGAAAGUCAGAAUUGUUCCUUCUUUAAUGACAGCCUGUCCCCAGAUGACAGCAUAGAUGAGGACCAGUACUUGCUGCGGCACUCCAGCCCCAUCACAGACCGGGAGCCAGCCUUUGGACAGCAGGCUCCAUGCAGCAUGGCCACAGAAAGCAAGGGGGAGCUAGAGAAGAUCCUGGCCCACUUAGAGGAUGAGAACCGGAUUCUCCAGGGAGAGCUGAAGCGCUUGAAGUGGCAGCAUGAGGAGGCUGCCGAGACCCCCACCCUGGCUGAGGGCUCUGCCCAGGUAGCACAGGACCAUCGCAAUGAGGAGCUUCUGGCCGAGGCCCGGAUCCUUCGGCAGCACAAGAGCCGCCUGGAGACACGCAUGCAGAUCCUCGAGGACCACAACAAGCAACUGGAGUCUCAGCUGCAGCGCUUAAGGGAGCUGCUCCUGCAGCCACCCACCGAAUCAAAUGGCAAUGGUUCUGCAGGCUCGUCCCUAGCUUCCUCUCCGCAGCAGUCAGAAGGCAGUCACCCCCAGGAGAAGGGACAGACCACUCCAGAUACUGAAGCUGCAGAUGAUGUGGGGUCCAAGAGCCACGAUGUCAGCCUGUGCUUGGAGGACAUUAUGGAGAAGCUCCGCCAUGCCUUCCCCGGUGUGCAAAGCUCUGAUGGGACUGCCAACCCCCUGUUGGCCUCUUGAUGGAGCCAGAUCCCCAUCCUAUAAUCCACAGUCCUCUCCCGGUUCUGGUCCAAGUCUUCCUUCACGCCUUCACCCAACCUUUCUGGUCCCUCCCGGGCCCACAUUCCUCAGCCAGAGUUAUCUGGGCUCGGGGCAGCAGCAGGGAUCUGCCCAUGUGUGAAGUGGAUGCUUCAGGGCUGGGAGAAGGAGAGGCAUGAUUCCCCCAACUCUAGAAACGUGCCCUUUAAUCCUCAAGUUUGAGACCAGUCCCUUACGUAUGUUUCCGUCGCAGUGCAGGCAGAUGGGGAGCAGAGAAGCUGCCUUGCAGAACUAAGCAGUGCCCAUUGGCCCCUUUCCCUUCUCCAUGGCAUUAUGGAGAUAAGGAAGCCGCAUGACCCCACGGUUCCAGCAUUAGGAACCCACAGGGGCUAGCCCUACUCUCUGGCCCAACUCAGGGAGGCAGAAGGGUAUCCCCAAGACACAACCACCCCCCAAAAAGUGCCCCUGAAAAUGUCUGGGCAGCAUGUGUCCUAUUACUUUAGUUUGACGGCGUCUCUAGCCAUCCUGAUGCUCCCUAGAUGUUGUUUCCCCUUUGAAUAUCUUCAGUUCCUUCUGCCUCAGGCCUUGGCCGCCCCUGCUCAAGUUCAUUCUGAUUCUUACUUACACCAUACAUUUGGAAACAUUAAAGAGAUACUUAUGGGCUUAGUUCCCACCCCACCCCCCACCCCGACCCUCCUCCUUCCUGAAGGCCUCAGCCUCCUGAGACACCAGAAAUUGCUCCGGAAAUCCAGCUGAAGCCACCCUUCGCUCUUCCGGGUCUGCCCUCACAGCCCUGGGGCAGGGGCAGCUGCUUGCUCAGCAAGGGGGUCUUGCUCUCCUUGGGUGAGGAAGGGGAAGCCACUCACUAGCCUGGAGGAGUGUGACUGCCCAACACUCUUGCAGGCUGUGGCCCUUGUUUCUUUCAGGCGGAAUCAGAUGAGGCGGCUGAUUGUCCCCAGCUAAUCACAAGGCAGAUGCAAGCGGCAGCCCUAAAUAGUGGUCCCUUCCCAGGAACCGCUGGCCACAAAUCAGGAAGCUGGCCACUUCCCACCCAGACAACAGCAAGGCCUUCCUUUGCAUAAAACUGUUCUUUCUAACUCUGGAAGGUGAACCCGAUCCUCAAAGUAAACUAACUCUUGCUAGGCUGCCUAGACCAUAAUCCCUUUAUCCAGAAACCGUUCAGAGUAGAUAGCAGGGGGUGGGGGUGGGGCGCGGGGGAGUGGGCUUGGGGAAUUUGAACAGAGUCAGAGCCCACUUAGGCAGCUUUCUGCAAAAGAAGCUUUAUAACCCAGAGCCCUGCAGCUGAUUUAAUUUGCCUAAGUUUAUAUACAUACAUAUCUGUCCUGCAGAGGUACUGUACAGCGGUACUCCCCUGGCCUCACUCACACAUUAAAUUCUAAUACCUCUUAAAGUA